AGUCGGUUAAUGCCUAGUCGCCCGCAUACAUGGAGACAACCGCACUAAUCAAUUAGUUGAAAGCGUGUUUCGGAACGCAUAUUCUAAUUUUAAAUUUUUCAAAUAACAUGAAGUUUUCCGCCGCGUUUUAUUGGCGUUGAUAAUAUUUUUAGCACUUGUUCCAAUUAUUUAAUAGGUCACUCAAAUUUCUGUUAUGGAGAAAUUAGUUUUUGUUGCGUUAUUAUUUUGUGUUCUUUUACCAGAGAGCUACGCAUGCUUUACAAGCAAUCAAACACACUUUACCCGAAUGAGAAUUGGAAGUCGGUUUUACCAGGAAUGUAAAUGUGAUGACCCGGGCAGUGAAGGAGUCAAACUUAUGUGGUUGGAUCCACACGACCAAGAAAUUCUACCAUUAAGACCAGGUAUAGAAUCGAACGUAUAUUCAGAAUGGGUGGAUGAAGACACAUAUAGGCUGUUCAUAUCGAGCCUUGGCAGAUCAAUAUCUGGUGCUUACAAGUGUGUGACCGUGCACAAUGGUCAAACGUACGCGCUUACGUACAACGUCGAAGCGUAUGAUCGUCCUUACUUUAUUAACACAAAUGAAACUCAGUAUGUUGUGAGUGGGAAGAAUGUUACCAUAUUUUGUGAAGCCCGAAGCGAGACAGAUCCUUUAAUAAUUUGGUACAAACAAGACGGCUUAACUAAGAUAAGGGAUGGUGACAAAUACGAAACUUCAUCACAAGGGUUGAUCAUAAAAGGAGUAACAAACGAUGAUAAAGGACUAUACAGAUGUGCAGCGUCAGAUCUCAAGACUGGGGAAGAAAUAAUCAGAGAUAUACAAGUUGAGGUGAUAUCAGUACCAAAAAUAACAGAAAUUGUAGCGUCUCCAGACAGCAAUGUGGUGGCUGGUGGCAUAUUAGAAAUCGUAUGUAUGGCUACUGGUAGCCCUCACCCGGAAUACGUAUGGAGAAAGAUUCCCAAAUAUUCUCAGCCAAUUGGGAAUCACACUUUCCCGGCGCAGUACGCUCAUUGGAAACAAGAAGCUAAUAGAAUAACAAUAUACGACGUGAAUGAAAAUGAUGCUGGGGCUUAUGAAUGCACAGCUUCUAAUGUAGCUGGCUCUUCGUCGGGCAGUAUUAACGUAGAUGUAUAUUUUAUGCCAGAGAUAACAAAAGCUGAUAGUUUAGUAGCUAUAGAAGGAACGACAGUACAAAUAGUUUGCAGAUCACAAGGUCUACCAAUUCCCCAGAUGAGUAUAAACUAUUUGGGAGAUGAAGUCGAUGAACGAAGCAUAGUAUGGGACGUGAAGAAUAUUAGUAACAUCGAAGUGGAGUUCUAUUUGACUUUCCUCAGAGUCAACAGAACUCACGACGGGUUUUAUGUUUGUAACGCGACCAAUUUCUUGGCCACUGAUCAAAGAGAAAUUAAUUUGGCAGUAUUGUACCCGCCACAUUUUGAUGAAAAAUUCGAGGAAGCCUGGGGUUGGAGCGGGCGUAAUACGAACCUGAGUUGCGACAAUCACAGCAGUCCACCGGCGAAUAUUACUUGGAAUUAUCAAGGCAAUGAUUUAACGAAAGAGGAACAAACUAAAAUCAACAACAUCAUGGCCGACAAGAUACACGACAAUCCAUUAAUAAUUGAGAACGUAUCGCUUUAUGGAACUUAUCAAUGUAUUGCCAACAACGGAUUCGGUGAAGACAAAAAAAUUAUUGUAUUGAGACAAGGAUUUGUUCCAGCAGCUAUUAAUAAUGUAACAAUCACAAACGUCACAGCAACAUCCGUCACAUUUUCCAUCAACGGGCCAGAAUUCAUCAACGGACCUCCUAUAAAAGCAUACAAAGCGGAAUACGACGAAGCUGAAAACUACAACAUAACAGACAUACACAUAAAUAGAACUUGGUCUAUUGAUAGACCGUUCAGAAUAGAUAGACUGCGACCCAGUACGGUUUACUAUAUAAAGUUUGCAGCUAUUAAUGAUGUCGGUGAUGGUCCUUGGAGUGAAGUCUACGAUUUUGACACACUUGAAAACACGAAUUUCAGGUCAGUGCCACUAGAGCCUGUUUGGGAGACGGAUGUAGAGGAAGUUGCUGCAAUGGAGCGUAAACUGAAGUGGAAGCAAGAGGAACUCGUCGAUUCCUAUAACAUACGACUUUGCCCAAUGAACAAUGGUAUUAUCGAGGAAACUGUGUGUACAGACAAGACUAUCGAACCAGCGGCAGAAUUUCAACUAAACGAUUUAGAUUCCAACACUACUUACUAUCUUGAAUUGAUUGCGCACAAUUCUAACGGGUCGUCAACUCCUGCGCAUAUUAUGUUUACGAUACCAGCUGAAGAAGAAAGGCUAUUGUCCGCUGGAGCUUUAAUCGGGAUAUCAAUAGUAGUAGUAUUCUUUUGCCUAGUGUUAUUGGAUGUAGUUUUAUUGCUGUGGCGAAAGCAAGGCAUUAUCGCUCAUUGCUGCAACAAAAAGAAGAAGAAUAAAAGAGAAGUGAGUUUAAAUUCAAGAUCCCUAAAUGAAAACGUAAAUGAGAUAGAAAAGGCCUUCUUAGAGACAACCCAGAGCCCGUCAACGACGUACAAAAGCGGGCGAGCAAUGGACACAGAGAAUAUGAAUACAACAAGACGACCGGCGUUAUAACCGGGAAACAUUCCGCCGUAUAGUAAUAGAAAGUUAUUUAAGCUGAUUGAACAUCUAUCAACACACACCGUACGCGCUGCAAUUUUUUUAGUCAUUUCUAGUGAUAGGGUGCCAAGGGACCCUAUUAGUAAUACCUCUGCUUAGGCUUACUUCCGUUGCUGUCCGUCUGUUCGUCUGUCAAUUAGCGGGCUGUAAUUUCGUGAAUCGUAAUAGGUAGAGUUUAAAUUUUCACAGAAUGUGUACUAAUUUCUUUUGCCGCUAUAA